AUGGACAUCGGCCUCAUCAUUAUCGUCAAGGCACGCAUCCGCAUCUUCUAUCCACUCGAAGGAAACCUCGAAGUCCUCCGAUUCAUCAAAGGUGCUAUUCACGGUGCAAUCCUCCUGCCGGCUAUCUUCCAUGCUAUAUUUUCGGCAUUAGUUGUAUGGCUUGACAGAUAUAUUUUUACUACCGUCGGCCUUCCGAAUAGUAUUAUUCCAUCUCUAUCGAUCGUCGUCGGCUUGAUGCUCGUCUUUCGGAACCAGACUUCCUACAAUCGAUUCUGGGACGGGCGCAAUGCCAUAAACACCAUCUACACCUGUAUCCGGAACCUGGUACGAACCAUCGUCACUAACGGAUACACCACCAAGGGUCCUCCGACAGCUGCUGAAAAAGAGGACAUCGAGAGAACCAUUCGGAUUCUCAUGGCGAUUCCAUUUGCAGUCAAAAAUCAUCUCCGAGCCGAAUGGGGUGCUGCCUGGGCGCUUGGAAAUGAUGUAGGUGAGGACGGCGUCGCGGCAUAUAAUCCCGACUAUGCCAGUCUUCUACCAGCUGGAUUGGAAGGCCAUGAAGAUGAAGGGCUGGGAUUACCAUUCCAGCUGACUUUCUUUGUUGACGGGUUCAUCAAGCGCGGUGUGGAGCGUGGCUGGUUUAAUGCUCCCGGCGCCAGUCAAAUGCAAGCUCAGCUGAAUUCAUUAAUGGAUGCCUAUGGGCGAAUGGAGACAAUUGGGUUGACCCCUAUUCCUGUGGCACAUCUGUUAGUUCCCUCCCCCCCCUUACCUUAA